UGUAGUGAGUAUAAUAGUGUUAUAGACUCUCCAGGUCUGCGUUGAACGAUGGAGCGUGCAGUCAGGUUUAUAUGAAGUGAUGGCAGAAGAUUAAAACUUGGAUGUUAAAUGAAAGACAGACUGGCAGAGAGAGAGAGAGAAAUAGAGAGAGAGAGCUUUUUGAAAAGUCACACUGCAGUCUUGUUAAGAGGGAAGAGGAGGGAGGAGAGAGAGAGAGAGAGUGUGAGAGAGAGAAAGAGAGAGGAGGGGUGAGAGAAAAGAGAAGCCGGAUGGAUUUCUUGUAAAUCAGCAUAGCGCUUGUCCAAUGAGAUCGCGCCUGUAUCCUGGCAGCAGGCCAGCAUCAGGGGUAUACAGAGAGAGAGAAAGCGAGUACGAGCGGGAGAAAGAGAGAGGGAGGAGCUGAACGAACAGGCCGUUGUGUGUGAGUACACCACGGACACGAGCGUAGAAAGCGUACGUUCUCCCUCAUGAACCUGGAACGAAUAAAGAAAGAAGAAACCACUAGGAAUGAACGAUUCUUUGCAGUCACCUAGCUGGAUCUAAAAGAUGGCAGUGGUACACAGGAUCUUUAACUCCACCCGGCCAUUCUCCAUGUCCACAAACCAGCCGAAACUCAAGGUCCAGAGCUCCCUCGCUUCCGGCCCCGAGCCUCAGUUGCUUGUCCCCUCUGCGAAGGACGAUAAACAGCACAAUCUGGAGGAUUAUUCCUUUAUUUUGAAGGUCAUCUCUCAUGGAACAGCCAAGCAUGUAGGCACAGGACCUCUGGGCACCGAGAAACCGUCCAUCAUCGCCCAGGCAGAAUGUGAAUCUCAGGACUCGCAGGAAUUCUGUCCCAACAGCAGACAUAAAAACGCGUACAGCAACUUCGGGGCCCUCUCCGUACCCCAAGGCUCAGUUUCUCACCGGCAGCCGAGGAAAAAACGACGGAAGAGACAGCGGAGGAGAGUUUCCCAGAGGGAGGGCCAACAGAGGGACGGAGGGAGUGAGAGACUGAGAGACAGAAGAGGCGCUAGAGUGCCACAACAGGACAGUGGAGAGCUUGGAGGAUGUAACUACAUCAGCAGCAACAGCAGUAGUUCAUUUAGCACAGAAAGCCUGUCUGUGCAGGAGACAGCGGAGUCGUCCUGCUCCCCUCACACGGACCUCAUUUCCACUCAGCUGUCUCCGAAAUCCUGGGAGUGCAUUUUUCCUCCCCGACAUGACCUGGUGUCCUAUAAUCAGGAAAGCAAAUGCUCUCUGGACCCCGACUCGCCGUUCAUCAGCGAGGCCGAAUGCAGCCUGGCACUAGCAGGCCUCAGGAACAACGUCUCACAGGCCGAGUGCUCCUACGCCCCUGCGUUCGCCAAACAGAUGGUCCGGGAUGUGCAGGACAGAGAGGAAGAAGAGGAUGGAGAGGAAGAGACGGAAGAGAGCGACACAAACGAAGGCAUCCUCUUUAAAGAGGAUCUACAUCCACAGGACUAUGAAUAUCGAGAGGGAAGGGAUUACGAGAUCGGUGAUUUACUAAAGCAAGGCUCGUUCGGAGCCGUCUACAGCAUCAGAGACAAAUCCAGCGGCUUUGUGUGCGCUGCCAAAAAGGUGCCGUUAGAACGUUUCAGAUGUGAGGAGGUGGGCUCGUGGAGUGCCCUCCAGUCUCCUCACGUGGUGGAAUUUUUCGGAUUUGUCCGAGAGGGUCGGUCCGUCAUCCUGUUCAUGGAUCUCAAACCAGGCUCUCUGGGGCAGUUGUUGGCAGAAAGGGGUCGCCUGCCCGAGGAUCUCUCCCUGCACUACAUGCAACAGGUCCUGGGGGCAUUAGAGCACCUACACAAGCGACGCAUCCUUCACCUGGAUGUCAAAGUGGAUAAUGUGUUGCUGUCCGAGGAUGGGAAAAACACGUUCUUGUGUGACUUUGGCGAGUCAGAGCGACUAGACCUGUAUGGAUUCAGUCCAUUUAAAGCUCUGAAGGGGACAGAGACUCACAUGGCUCCUGAGGUGGCACGUGGAGAGAAGCGUUGUGCCAAGGCGGAUGUGUGGAGCAGCUGCUGCAUGCUACUGCACAUGCUGAAUGGCUGCCAGCCAUGGACACGCUACUACUCCCGCCCUCUUUACCUCAAAAUAGCCGAAGAGCCGCCGCCCCUGAGAGAGAUACCUCCCGACUGCAGCCCGCAUACUGCUGAUGUCAUCAAGCUGGGACUGCAGAGAGAGACGAGCCGAAGAGCCUCAGCCAAGGAUCUCAGAGUUCAAACGGCGAAAGCACUUAAACAACUGGGAGGUCUUCGGACCCCAGCAAGGGGAGGAGCCUAUCAAAAGCCAUUUGGGAAGCCAGAAAGGUGCGUGCCUAGCCCCUUCUCCGAUAGCCCUGUGCAGCAGUGGAUGGGCCCAGGGCAGGAGCGGAGAGAGCGGGCUGGACUGAGGGCUGAGCCGAAGUUCCGUAAGCAACAAGUGGGAAAAGAGGAUGACGUAAAGGAGGAGAAUGACCGGGAGAAAGAGAUUGCGUUGAGAAAGGAGAGCUACCACGCUCCGUCCUCGCCGAUCUAUUUUCAUUCUCCGCCACCCGAAUCCUACAAACCCACAGAGCAGGAGCUUCGCAAACUCGAGAGGGAAUUUUUCCUGAGCAGUCUUUCUCAGCCGCACUCAGUUGAGCUGCAGGAGCAACUUCUUUCCUGCUUGGGUAGUGACUGCCUGUCUAGCAGAGAGCCAGGAGACAAAAAGGAUUCUGGCCGUUGGUCACUUAGCCCCGGGGACGACCUCAGCUCAGGUGUGUUUUCCUACAAUAGCCAGUCAGAUGGCCAGAGCUUCAGUAUGGAUUGGCUUGGUCCCGCCCACCAGCCCCCACCUCGCUGCUUUGAGGGAGUGGACGUUUGCAUCAGGGACUUCAACGGGCGUUGCCUCCGUAUCCGUGAAACCCCCCGCGCAAAAGUGGGUCACAUCGCCAUAGGAAUCAGUGAUCAGAUCUCAGAGAGUGUGUUUAGUCUGCAGAGUGAGGACGGUUCUCUGGUGUCCCACGAUAAGCAAGUACAGGAUGCUGGUCUCUUCCUGCGCUGUGUCCCCGCCCCUGACCCCGCCCAUCACAGACAAGGUUCCUGCUGCAACAUGCCAUGGAGCUGGAGGAUCAGGGACGGGAGGCUGGAGACCAGAGACUGAUGACUUUAUUAUCGUCUCUGCUGUCUGACAUCUUUCACUUUUAUAUUAUCUUAACUUGUUGAACUUCCUCCAUUCCUGCCAGUGUUUUAUGUUCACCUGCUGCAUUAUUCCACGUCUGCUCAACUGUGCCAAUGUGUUUUAUAAUGAUUUUUGCACCUCUUCCAAUAUGCCACGAAUGUACUGAUUUUAAAUUGUUAAUGUGAAACAUCUCAAUGUUUAAAUGUCUGUUUUACCGAUGCAUUUAUCAUGAUAUCAUGAUUUUUAAAAGAAUCUCGCCUUUCAUUUCUGUAAGUCAUAUUAAUCCAUUUCUAAUCAGGCACAUCAUAUUUCAUCAUAGGAUAUUAUGACGUCUUCUUUCCACAUUGUGUAUCAAUCCAGCAAUAAACGCAGGUGUCAUUAUUG